AUGCUUAUCAAGAGGCUGCUUUCCUCGAGGAGAAGCUACUCCUCCUUAUCAAAAAACAGUCUUAAACCCAAUUCCUCAACGGGAUCCGUUCUUACGAGAAGACAUAUUAAAGACGAUAUACACCCCAAGACACCAGUGAUUACAAGAUUUGCGCCUUCUCCUACUGGAUUACUUCAUUUGGGAUCAUUAAGAACUGCGCUAUACAAUUACUUAUUAGCUAAGAAUACCAAUGGAAAGUUCAUAUUAAGGUUAGAAGAUACCGAUCAAACAAGACUUCAUCCUGAGGCACUGAAAAAUAUCUUUGACACAUUGAAAUGGUGCAAUAUGGAAUAUGACGAGGGACCCAUUGAACAGAGUCAACGAUUACCAAUAUACCAAGAGUAUAUCAAGAAAUUGCUUAAAUCUGGUCAUGCAUACUAUUGUUUUUGCUCGAGAGAAAGAUUAGAACAACUACGGACAGGAAAUAUGGCACCUGGAUCGUUAAGUUAUGACAGAAAAUGUAUCCACCUGGAUGAGGAAACGAUAAAAGUCAACCUUGACAAAGGUAUUCCCUAUACAAUCAGAAUGAAAUCUCCCGAGAGGUACCCUCUAAUUCACGAUUUAUUACAUGGCGAGCUGAAUAUUCAACCAAAUAAUCGAGAGGGGAUGUGGUUUGAUGACCCUAUCUUAAUUAAAUCAGACGGUUUUCCAACAUAUCACUUUGCGAAUGUGGUUGAUGACCAUCUUAUGAAAGUUACACAUGUUAUCCGAGGAGAAGAAUGGUUGCCAUCUACGCCAAAACAUGUCGCUCUAUACCAAUACUUCGGUUGGGCAAUUCCUAAAUUUAUCCAUAUACCUUUAUUGACAAGUAUUGAUGAUAAGAAGUUAAGUAAGAGGAAGGGUGAUUUUUCAGUUUUUGGGUUGAAAGAACAGGGAAUUUUACCAGAAGCAUUGAUCAAUUUUUGUGCUUUAUUGGGUUGGUCUCCUCCAAGAAAUGUGGCCCAAGAAACUCAUGAAUGCUUUACUUUAGAUGAAUUGGAAAGAUUGUUUAAUCUAAACCAUCUUACUAAGGGGAAUGUUAAAGUUGACUACAAGAAAUUGUGGUUUUUCAACAAACAUCAUUUGCAACAUAAACUCUCUGAAAAAGAAUCAUUCAAUGAAAUAUUGAAUGAAAUCAUGGAAAAUAUGAUCGAAGAAAAGAAAUAUGAGCGGACGACAGAUCUGGAAGGCAAAAUAUCCACUGUUCUUACUGAGUGUGGAAGCGCGUUAAGUAAGAUAGGUGAGUUUAAUGAACUCUUUUGGUAUUUUUUUGAAAGACCCACUUACAGCAACAAAUUGGUGAGUGACUUCCUUAAAUCUCAUAAUGUCGAAGAGUUAAAGAAGAUCUUACAGCUAUUAUCCGAAAAUGUUACUAAGAUGGAUUUGCCUGACAUGGUCAACGAAAUUAGCACAACAUUAAAGAUUAAAAAGAAACCAAUUUUUGAAAGUUUAAGAUAUGCCUUAACUGGAUUACAUCCAGGAGUGAAGCUCCCAAUUAUCAUAAAGAUCUUGGGUAAAGAGGAAUGUCAGAGUAGAAUAGUAGCAUCCAUGAAAUAUUUACCAUAG